AUGCCUGUUUGUUAUAAUUCACUUUCACGAAAAUCCAAUGGAUUUUCUAUUGAUGAUAUUAUUAAAACUCAUGAUUUACCAAAACCCUCAAAUAGAUUAUCAUUAUGUUAUGUACCACCAAUUACAUGGCUACCACCACAUGCAUCAAGUAUGUAUCAAUUACAACGUGAAUCGAUGUUGGAAUAUCUUCGACAUACGAAUCAAUUGACUAAUUCAGGAUCAAUGGCUGCAUUUUUUCUUAAUUCAUAUCGUAAACCGAAACGUAAUCGUACAGCUUUUACGCCGUCGCAAUUACUUAAAUUAGAAAAUGCUUUUGAAAAGAAUCAUUAUAUUGUUGGACAAGAACGUAAAGACCUAGCAAAACAUCUUAAUUUACCUGAAGCUAAAGUUAAAGUAUGGUAUCAGAAUCGUCGUACAAAAUAUAAACGUUUGAUAAACGAAGAUGGUAAUAGUAGCACAAAUGAUAUUGAUCAUCAAAAUGAAUCCAGUAGAAGAAUAAAAAGUUCUGAUGAGCAUGAAUGGAAUGAUGAUGAUGAUGAAGAACAACAACAACAUGAUCAUUAUGAUUUAAAUCUUGAUGAUCAAGAAGAAAAAUCGAAUUCGAACUAA